AUGAGCAAAAACAGUACAGUGUGCAUUAUGAAGCUUUUACAUUUCUUCGUUAUUGCGAUUAUUGCUAAAGAAGUCUUACCUGAACGUGCUCCCAGCAAUGCAUGUUCAAGUGAUGAUGUGGGGUUUAGUCCAGAGGACAUUUCAAAUCAAUUGUUAAGCAUCAGGGACUAUCUCGAUGGACUUUAUGAUGAUUUUUUGCCAUACUUCCAAGGCCAGGAAAUUGAAAGCUUCAAAGGUUCAAAAAUUGAAAUUCUGGAUGAUGUCGCUAGUCUUUUAGGAAACAUUAUUAGUGCGUUAGCGGAAAGAGAAAUUACAAUUUCGUUAGAUAGCAUUGUACAAGCGAUUGAAGCGUUGAUAGACAAUCAGACAACAACAGGAACUCUGAAGACCAUAGAGGACUAUGUGAGCUCUGCAAAUCUCACGAACCAAAUUUUAUUCAUUAUUUUCAAGUCAGUUAUGGAAGCUUUGGCAAUUGAAACUGAAUCUACUGCUGAUUAUUUAACUCAAGUUGCGAAAAUGGAAAUUAAUCCGGCCGACUAUCCCAUUAGCUGCAUUGCUCAAGAUUUAAUAGAUUUCUAUAACUUUAUGAUAAAUUUAUACAUAGAAGUUGAAAACAACGUUCUUCAAGUGGUUGAGGGUCUGAGAGGGCAAUAA